UUACACUGUCAAUAUUGAAUACUGUAAUAAGCCAGAGAUGUGUGGGAAAUGCAGUAGGUUUGGCCAUAACUGUGAGGAGGAAGUUCAGGAGAUUCAGAGGGAAGAGGGAGAAGCUCCUGUGUUGAUUUAGGAAGAGAUUACUGCUGCUAGUGAAGUGGAGAUAAUAGCUCCUGAAAUGGUUCAAGGAAGGGUUAACGAAGCAAGUGUGGUGAUGAACUCUGAUGAUAAUGCAAUAACUGCUCAAGUUGUAGCUGAAGAAGUGGCUAGUGGUAGGUCUCUUUCAGAAACUGAUGCUGGUAUCCUGGGUGAAAGUGGAUUGAAAACAACAGUGAAGAAUUUGGUAGCAUCCUUAUCUGUGGGACCUGUUUGGCAAGGCUGCAACCUACCUUCUGAUACUGAAUUCCAGCAGGCGGUUGGUACUAAACAAUCCAAUUCGUUUGAGAUCCUUGCUCCCCUGGCACAAUUUGAAGUAGGGGAGAUUGCAGUAUCUCCUUUAAAAGAUCCUGUUCACUUCCCAGAACUAGGGAAGGAAGGUCAGCAGAAGAAGAAAGGGAAACCUGGUCGGCCCCCAAAGGGGCAAAAAAUUUCAAAUAAAUCAUGAAUGAUCUGGUAUGGAAUAUGAGAGGGUUUAAUACCCUGAUAAGCACGAGAGUAUAGUGGAGUCUGUUAGAAGGUAUAAGGUGGAGAUAGUUGCAAUUAUGGAAACUAGAGUUAGUAUAGAAAAUGUUCAGAAAAUUAUAGCGAAGCAUUUCAUGGAUUGGGAAUAUAAAGAUACUUAUUCC